ACACCACUUUAAAAAUUUUCCAGCACUCAGAGUAUUGAGGAUUCAACUCCUCUGAAAAUGGAAAGUAAAAUAAAAUUUAAAUCAUUAAUUUACUACGAAAUUCGCGUCUUUAUCUCCAGUCUCUUUCAAAACCUUCCCAACAUUUUUUUUUCUCUUUUAUUUAAUUUCUCUUUCUCGAUUGAGAAUUUGAUGUUCGUUUGACUUUUUUUUUCUGGGUUGAUGCUGCUAGAUUUCGAAGAUACAAAGGAAAACAAGUUUUUUAAGGUUUGAUGGAUUUUAUUUUAAGAUAAAAAAUUGUUUUUGUAAAUGGGCUUUUGAAGAUUGAGUUUGUGAAAGUUACAAAUUGGCUUCUUUUGGCAAUUUUGUUUAAUUGAGUUUUUAAAGGAUUAAGUGUUGGGGAUUUAAGUUAAUUUGAUGAUCAAAUGAUUUUUAAUUUGAUUGGUUUCAGCUAUUUCUAAGCGUCAUCUUUGCUUUUGCGUUCUUUGGCAUUGGCAAAGUUCAAUUUUCUUCAACUUUAUGUUCUAAGUGGAUAACCUUUUGAUUGAUUUCUUCGAAUUUGAGAGUAUCGAAUUGUGUUGAUCUGUUAUUGAUUGUAUCUGGGGUUUAUUCAUUUUCACUUUCAAUUUCAAUUUCAAUCCAAAUCUUGGUUUUAAUUUGGACAAUUUAAAUCCCUUUUUUUUAUUUAGCUGUGGUGAGGGUUUAUCAAGUUGUAAAUUGUUUGAUUGAUUUCUUCGAAUUCGAAAGCAUCCAAUCGUGUUGAUCUGCUCUUGAUUGUAAUCUACGGUUUAUUGAAUUUGAAUCAAGAAUUUUGAUUUGGCUGUGGUGAGGCUCUAUCGAGUUUAUAAACUGUGUGAUUGAUUUCUUCGUAUUCGAAAGCAUAGAAUAGUGUUGAUUUGCUCUUGAUUGUUGUAUCUGGGGUUUCAUUGAAUGAAUCAUGGUUCUAGAAAGUGGAUGGUUUAGGUUCUAUAUAUAUCGUUUGCUCGAUCGAAAGGCUUGGCUUUGAUUGUGUAACAAGUUACCUGGUGGUGUUAAGUCGAUUGUUUGAUCCGUUUUUAUUCAGUUUUCUUGUGUGUUCUUGGUUUUGAUAUGGAUGGAUGUCAAUCCGGGGUCCCGACAUAUGAAGGAGACCUUCAUGUUGUUGCUGCAGCUCACCAUAUUGUCAAGGCAUUAGGAGCAACUAAGAAUCUUAGUGAUGAUUUGCGGAAGAUCCUUAUCGAUCUCGACUCUCAUUUGUCGAUGAUAACUUCGAAUAUAGACAGCAAGGGAGGAAGGGGACUUGUUGAUGUUGAGGAACGACUCGAUCAAGCAGAAAGAAAGAUUAUGCGGUGGGAAACGGAUCCAAUGAUGAUAUGGGAUUCUGGACCUAAAGAAGCUUCUGACUAUCUUGAAGCUGUAGAUGAAACUGGGAAAUUGGUUGAUGGUUUACGAGGGUUAUCUGUGCAUGAAAAUCGGAAGCAGAAGGAAAUUCUUCACCGUGCAAUGAACAUUUUGCAGAUGGCAAUGUCUAGGCUCGAGGAAGAGCUUAUUCAUAUACUUGUUCGGCAUGGGCAACAGUUUGAGCCCAAACACAUGUACUCUCGAUCUAUUCGAAAGGAUAUUGUGUAUGAUGAGUCAUUUGUUUCAGUUGAGGAUGAACCAAUCAAGGAAACAUCUAGCCGAAACUACAGUAAUGAUGAAAGUGGUGAAUGUAUUGUAGAUUUGGUCCAUGCAGAUGUAAUUCCUGAUAUCAAGUCCAUUGCAAAGGUUAUGUUCACUUCAAAUUACGGUCCGGAAUUUUGUGAAGCUUUCAUCAGUGUACAGAAAGAGGCGUUGGAGCAGUACUUUUCCUUUCUUGGAACCGAGAAUCUCAGCAUUGAAGAUGUGCUGAAAAUGGAAUGGACUUGCUUGAGUAGCAAGAUGAAUAAAUGGACCUGGUCCAUGAAGAUCAUCGUCCGGGUCUAUCUCGCUAGUGAAAAACAGUUAUGUGACCAGGUCUUAGGGGGCUUGGGAUCUGUUAGUUCAUAUUGCUUUCUCGAGAUCUCAAAGGCAACGAUCCUUUGCCUGUUGAACUUCGGUGAAGCCGUAGCAAUGGGGCCUCAUCGACCUGAAAAGCUGCUUCGUUUGCUUGACAUGUACGAAACUUUGGCAUGUCUUCUCCGAGACAUAGAUACAUUGUUCUCAGAAGAGGCUGGUUCUUUCAUUCAGCUCCAUUUCCAUGAACUUUUGGAGAGAUUAGGUGAAUCUGCAAUAGCAGCUUUCGAGGCAUUUCGGGUUGCUAUUUCUUCAAACGGAUCCUUAUACCCCUUUGCUGGUGGCGGAGUUCACCCUCUCAAUAAAUAUGUCAUGAACUACAUUAGGAUGUUCCCUGAAUAUUGCAACACCCUCAAUUUGCUUCUCAAGAACCAACAUCCCGGUGUUGCAGAUCAAGUUACCGAGCCAGAUUACGGGCUGGAUGCAUCUCUUUUGACUUCUUGUCCGAUGGCUUAUCACCUUCGAUCAAUCACAAGUUGUUUGGAGUCCAAUCUUCAUAAAAAAUCACAACUAUACAAAGAUGAGGCUUUACAACAUAUUUUCUUGAUGAACAACAUCCAUUACUUGGUGCAAAAGGUUAAGGGUUCAGAACUCCGGCUCUUCUUCGGAGACGAAUGGAUUCGUAAGCACAACGCAAUGUUUCAACAACAUGCAAUGAACUAUGAGAGAGCCACUUGGAGUUCAGUUGUUUCUUUCCUCAAAGACGAUAACCCGGGUUCGAGUUCCAUGUCGAAAUCAACCUUCAAAGAAAGGUGCAAGGGCUUUAGCGUUGCUUUCGAGGAGGUAUACAAGACCCAGACAAGUUGGUCUAUCCCGGAUCCAGAACUCCGCGAAGACUUGCGGAUUUCAACUUCACUUAAAGUAGUCCUCGCGUAUCGAACUUUCCUCGGGAGAAACCUUGCUUAUACCGACGACAAAUGUGUCAAGCAUACCGUCGAACACGUGGAAAAUUCGCUCUUGGAUCUUUUCGAAGGAUCGUCGAGAUCAUUACGCAAUUCGCGCAGAUGGUGAACAUUUAAAAAGGUCUUUUUUCUCCCUGAUAAAUCUCUCGAUUGUCAUAGAUGUAAAUGUGAUUAUAUAUUUAACAAUGUUAGAAUACUAGCAAUUGGUUCUAUGAUUGCAUAUAUACAAAUGGCUAAGCCUGUGUUUCUUUUAGCUUGAAAAACAA